AACCGACAUGAUACUCGAGUGUUGACUCCCUUCUCCUUAUUCUUCUUCCGGUGAGAGAUAUUUGGAAAACCGAAAGCGCGAUUUAGCCAGGUUUCAACCCCUUUUCUUCGGACGAGCAGAGUUCGCUUCAAGCCAACAACAUGAGUAGGCCAAUGGAAGAGGAUACCAACCUGGGAAAGACCGAAGAGGAGGAGUUCAACACCGGACCCCUUUCUGUUCUGAUGAUGAGUGUUAAGAACAACACUCAGGUGUUGAUCAACUGCCGCAACAACAGGAAACUCCUUGGCCGUGUCAGGGCUUUCGACAGGCACUGCAACAUGGUUCUUGAAAAUGUCAGGGAAAUGUGGACUGAGGUACCUAAAACUGGAAAAGGAAAGAAGAAAGCUCUUCCCGUCAACAGAGAUCGCUUUAUCAGCAAGAUGUUUCUUCGUGGUGACUCUGUCAUCAUCGUCCUUAGGAAUCCCAAGUAAGAGAGAUAGAGAGAUGUCUGCUCGUACUGUUUUCUUCAUAUGAUAAUUCUUACUUGUUGCAUCAACGGAGAGAUACAUCUUUGAUUACGAGUCUUAAGUGUUCCCUUGUAUUUUUCAAAUUGUCUUCUGACGUGUCUCUUAUGACUAAGACGCAGCGUUGAGUAGUGCCAUUAAACUUUCUGACUGAGAUAACUGCUCGUAUGUGCUCUUUAUAUGAUCAUUUUCGCAG